CGCGGCUGUCAGUUCUUAUAUCCAAAAAAUAAGAGAAAGAAACCCUAGACAGGGCCUCUCAAAUUACAACUCCACCACGCGGUGGGAAAAAGAAGAGGAGCAGAUCGAUUGAGCGCCACCUUUGGAGAUGGUAACCGACGGAGAGGCCGCCGGCGGGGGAGAAUUCGAGAAGCGUACUCGUACGGAGGGAAAUUCCGAUGGCGAAUCAGCCACGACGGAGGAGAUCUGGGAGGGCGACGAGAUCACGGAUGACGAGCAGAUCACGGAGCUCGAGGAUGUCACAGAGGAAGAAAGAGCCAGGUGGGCCGAGAUAGAUCGGCAGAUUGAGUGGAAGCUGUUGUCCGAGGAGGAGGAGAUGGAUAAUUACCGUCAAGACUGGGAAUUUGGAUACGUUCACAGGUUUGGUAGCUUCGAUCAAGAGACGGAGUUGAGUUCCAUGGUCAGUACAUACGAUACCUCCGUCGAUGCUUGGGCCGUAACCGCCUUGCAAGUCUACUCCAUCAAAGUCGAGAAGGCAAAACUCAGGUGGCCACUUCAUGUCUAUGGCAUGGUUGAUAUCCGAGACGCUGUGGAUCACAGACGCAACAUUCUCUUCAAUCGCAAGAGGGAUAACUGCCAAAUCAUUACAAAAAAUGAUCCAAAUUAUCCGUGGGUCAUGGCCUAGGGAUUUCGCUGGAAAAGUUCUUUGCCACGAUGGCUCCUCUCAUGAUGAACUUGUGUUGCUUGAUUUUCGAGAUGGAAGGAAUCCACCGCUGGAUCAAGAUGGGAACCUUGAUCUAUCAAGGCGUGUUGUUUCAGUAAAUGUCCAUAAUAACAUGACAGUUUCAGUAGAUGCUAGUGAAAGUAGAUGUGCUGUCGUGUUCACUCCCGAACGAGGCGGCCUAACUGAGAGUGAAUGCGAUGUUGAUGGCCACUGUCGGGUCAAGAUUACAGUCGCUUGGUCUCUACUUGUUUUCUUGGAGUGACAAAGACUAUUCCGGUCAUGAGGGAAACUGCUCUAAUGUUACAAAGGUGUUCGUGUGUUAUGUUA